AUGUCCGCAGCAUUCGCCGCUGGCACGUGUCAGCUGACGUGGCGCACGGUUUCUUCUGGUGCGUCUUCCGGGGCGCUCGGAAGUGUUUCGCGGCUUGCCAGACACGGCCAGGAAGCACGGGUUCGGUGUAGCAGUUGGAAGGGAACCACGUGGCGACUCAGGAGUGGCGGAGAGGCCGCCGGGAGAUGGAAUGGCGGCGGGAGAAGGGUUCGCGUGGGGCGGUUACGAGCAGGCCCGGAUGACCCCCUCCUCCCCCAUGGGGGGACAGACACGGAGGUAACUGCUGGUGGAGUAUGUGAGGGGCGUGCAGCCUAUGCAUGCCACCCCUUGCACCGCACCAUACCGUUCUGUAACAUUACCUACCUUGCUCCCUCUUUCCCUCCAUUGCAGCAGCAGCCAUUGCAACCAGGCCCCACGUCCCCCAUGGGAGGGCAGUCGCGGAGGCAGCUGCUGGUGGAGUAUGCGAGGGGCGUGCAUCUAGGCGUGCCGCCCUUUGCACCGCACAAUACCGUACCAUACCGUGCGAUUGCCUACCGUGCUCCCUGCACCCUCCCUCUCUCCCUCCCUCCCUGCUUUCUUGCAGCAGCAGCCAGGCCCCACCUCGCCCAUGGGAGGGCAGACACGGAGGCAGCUGCUGGUGGAGUAUGUCCCACCUCGCCCAUGGGAGGGCAGACACGGAGGCAACUGCUAGUGGAGUAUGUGAGGGGCGUGCAGCCGGACUUCAUGGAGAAAUUCUUCCAACACGCGGAGCCGCAGGUGAGUGCUGGGUUGCCACAGCAGGGAGCCACUGCAUUGUGUGAAGUCACAGCAGCAGCAGCAGCAGCAGCAGCAGCAGCAGCAGCAGCAGCAGCAGCAGCAGCAGCAGCAGCAGCAGCAGCAGCAGCAGCAGCAGCAGCAGCAGCAGCAGCAGCAGCAGCAGCAGCAGUAGCAGCAGCAGCAGCAGCAGCAGCAGCGUGCAUACAGACUGUGAGCAACAUGCUGGGGUCGCUGCCCAACCCUUCUGCCUCCUUUCUUCCUGCCUGCCUGCCCCCAUCCGUGUCCCAUCCCUUCCCCGUCCCCCCUUUCUUCAUCUCACACCAGUUGGUGGAUGCAAUGAGACAGACUGUGAGCAACAUGCUGGGGUCGCUUCCCAACCCUUCUGCCUCCUUUCUUCCUGCCUGCCUGCCCCCAUCCGUGUCCCAUCCCUUCCCCGUCCCCCCUUUCUUCAUCUCACACCAGUUGGUGGAUGCAAUGAGACAGACUCCUCCCUCUGACAACGCCUUACCUCUGGGUCCGGUGCAAAAGACGCACGUGGCAGGGGAGGUGCUUCGGUGGGACGCCGAGGCUGAGCGGGUGGUUCGGGUGCCUGCGGUGGACUAUGUGGAGCUUCUAGAGGGAGAGGUUCGGGCGCUGAAGAGACGGCUGGAGGAGGAGGAGGCGAGACUGGCGCGAGUGGGUGGGGGAGGCAGUGGGAAUGCGCUUCUGGAGUAUUUGAAGGGAUUGGAGCCGCAGAAUAUACAGGAGCUGACAGCCAGUGCAGAUGACGAUGCACUGGCAGCCAAUUCCUUCUGGUCCCCUUCCCUUCGCACCCACACAUUCCCGCCCGCCCACCUUCCCCCUCCUCUCUCCCCUUCCUUGCUCUUCCGCCUCUCCCAGGAGCUGACAGCCAGUGCGGAUGAUGAUUCACUGGCAGCCAGUGCGGAUGACGAUGCACUGGCAGCAGGGUUCUAA